AUGGCGACUGAGACGGUGAUCAGGGCCAAAGUCAAGGUCGGCAAGAACGAAAAGCUGCCUCCAGAAAAUGUUCGAUUCAUGCAAGCAUGCAAUGACAUUGCGCGCGCUCUCGUCCAAGAAUAUGAAGCCAGCCUGGAUGAGACGAAACCCAAGAAAGAUGUCAACCUCAACAGACUGAGGGGUGAUGUCGCCAAAAAGCACAGGCUCAGCAACUUGCCCCCUCUGACCGCUAUUCUGGCUGCAGUUCCGCCCGAGUUCAAGAAACACCUGAUGCCAAAGCUGAUUGCGAAACCGGUAAGAACAGCCUCAGGUAUUGCUGUGGUUGCUGUCAUGUCAAAGCCACAUCGAUGCCCACACAUUGCGUGGACGGGCCACGCUUGUGUCUACUGUCCGGGCGGUCCUGACUCCGAUUUCGAAUACUCGACACAAUCUUAUACAGGAUACGAGCCGACUUCCAUGCGAGCUAUUCGAGCGCGCUACGAUCCUUUUGAACAGGCGCGUGGAAGAGUCGAUCAAAUCAAGUCUCUCGGACAUAGCGUGGAUAAAGUCGAGUUCAUCAUCAUGGGCGGGACAUUUAUGUCCCUGCCACAGGACUACCGUGAUAACUUUGUCGCUCAGCUACAUAAUGCGUUAUCGGGCUACCAGACCGAAAAUGUUGACGAGGCAGUCAUGGCAGGAGAGAUGUCGAGUAUCAAGUGCGUUGGCAUCACGAUCGAAACGAGGCCUGACUUUGGACAAAUCGACCACCUUUCUGACAUGCUGAGAUAUGGAUGUACCCGGUUGGAGCUUGGUGUCCAGUCUUUGUAUGAGGACGUGGCUCGAGAUACGAACAGAGGUCAUACCGUUGCAGCAGUUGUGGAAGCUUUCAAAUUCUGCAAAGAUGCCGGAUUCAAGGUUGUUUCGCACAUGAUGCCCGAUUUGCCCAACGUUGGUAUGGAACGCGAUAUAUUCCAAUUUCAGGAAUAUUUUGAGAACCCAGACUUCCGGACAGAUGGCCUGAAGAUCUACCCGACACUUGUGAUCCGUGGCACGGGACUUUACGAACUGUGGCGGACCGGUCGCUUCAAGAACUACACCCCCAAUGCACUUGUGGAUCUGGUGGCUAGAAUUCUUGCUUUGGUACCUCCUUGGACAAGAAUAUAUCGUGUACAACGGGACAUCCCCAUGCCCUUGGUCACGUCUGGAGUCGAAAAUGGCAAUCUCCGGGAGCUUGCAUUGUCGCGAAUGAAGGAUUUCGGUACUACAUGUCGAGAUGUUCGAACACGGGAAGUCGGCAUCAACGAGGUGAAGAACAAGAUUCGCCCCUCCCAAGUGGAACUUGUGCGGAGGGAUUACAUGGCAAACGGUGGCUGGGAAACGUUUCUCGCGUAUGAAGAUCCCAAGCAAGAUAUACUUAUUGGCCUGCUGAGGUUGCGGAAAUGCUCAGAUACGCACACAUUCCGACCAGAACUUACAUACCAACCGACAAGCAUCGUCCGCGAGCUUCAUGUGUACGGUUUAGCAGUUCCGAUCCACGGUCGCGAAAAGAGCAGAUUCCAACACCAAGGCUAUGGAACCCUGUUGAUGAAAGAAGCCGAGAAAAUUGCUCGGGAUGAGCAUGGCAGCGAGAAAAUGAGCGUCAUCAGCGGCGUUGGCGUGAGAAGCUACUAUGAACGUCUUGGAUAUUCACUCGAUGGCCCAUACAUGAGCAAGAUGCUCGGUUUCGACGACGAUGAACCCGAAGACUGA